AUGUGAAAUAUUAUUAGUUACUAUAAACCGAUUUAAGUAUUCAGUUAUAAGAAAUGUCAAAAUAUAAUAGCAUAAUUGAUAUAUCUUCGGAUGAAGAUAUAACAUUUGAUUUAAAAAAUGAUGAAUGUAAAGAAAAAUCAAAACAGAAAAAGUUAAAUGAUUUUUUUGAUUUUUCACCUGAGCGUAAAAUAACUGUACCUGAUACUGAUUCUUCAAACAGCCCAAAAAACAAUUCUUAUCAAGAUGACGGUUGGGAAAAGAAGUUUAUGCCUAUUAGUCCAGAAAAUAAGAAAACAUCUCCUAAAGAUGAACUCGAUCAUUCUAUAUUAAAUAUGGAUUUUUAUGAUUCAGCAAAUAGAGAUCAAACUCUUCAGAUUAUAUCAAAUUCGCCAAAUAAAAAGGACAUUAUAAAAACAGAAGACAAAUCACUAGAUAAUUUAAGAACUUUAGUUCAUAAUAAACUUGGUAUAAACAUUGAAGGUUCAGAUGAAUCAGAUAUUUUACUGUCAAAAAUCAAAGAUAUUGUUGAGAUAUUUGACAGUACACAAAAAUCUAAAGCGGAGCUUGAGGGAAACAUGAAUAAUCUGAAAAAAAUGUAUAUCGAAAUUCUGGAAUUUUAUGCAUCAUUUUUAGACAAGGUUCCAUUUAAAGUACUGUGUGAAUUACCAGGCUUCAAUGAAAAUCUUUUUAAGAGUGCAGAACUUUUAAAACAUAAACUCAAAUUAGAAUUAAAUUUAUUGCAAAGUAAGAUCAAUAAUUUAGAGCAAGAUAAAAGAUCCGCCACAUGUGAUAAGGAGUUUUUAGGCAAUUCGAAUACACUCAGUAAUAAGGAAAAAAAUAAGGAAGGACAUUUAGAAUGUAGUGCCAGUUUAAAAUCACAAUCAUCUAACAUUGAUCUUAUGGUUGAAAAAAGUAUUAUUAACAAAAACAUAAUUAAUGAUAGCUUGGAUAGUUCCUCAAUUACAUGUGAUAAAAAUAGUGAUAAAUCAAAUCAUAAAGUAUUUAAAUUUAAAUCACCUGCCAUAAAAUCUCGAUCCAAAAUUAUUUAUGAUAUGGUAAAUGAUAUUGAUCAAACACAGAUCAACAGAACAACGACAACAGAAAUUACUAGUACUGAUGAACCAUUUGAGACUGACGAACAGGAAGAAAAACAAACAAACUAUAACAUGCUUAGAAGUAACAGCUUAGUAUCUUCAGGAGUAGAAAAAAAUAGCAGUACUAGAUCUCAAUUCACCAAUGAAAAUAAUUUAAAUUAUGAGCAAGCUCCAGAAAAGAAAUCACAGUUUACAUUCAAAUCUUCUUCAAAUAUUAUUGAAACUAAAAAAACAGAAAACCAUUCAAAAUCUGAAGAUGUUUUUAACUUAUAUGAUGAAAAUGAGACUGAAAUCAUAGGUAAUGUUUUUGACGCAGAAUUAGAUGAUGAUGGAUGGCAAACAUACAAUCCUAAGGACUUUGAAUUUGAAAAUCAAUGCAAACCUAGAAAGAGUUCACCAAAACAAAUAACAGAGUUUUCACCUAAAAAAAAUUCACCAAAACAAAUAACAGAGUUUUCAAAUAAAUCAAAUGCCCAAAUUUCAAGAAACAAUGAAGAUCAAAAAAAUGGGUUAGGUAAAUUUAGACAGGGAAUAAGAAACGAUGCUUGCACAGGAGAAUUUGACAACAAUUAUGAUCACACUAAGGAAAUGAUGAUUGCUUUUAAAGAAAUAUUUGGUCUUAAAUCAUUCAGGACAAAUCAAAAGCAGGUCAUAAACGCUGUCUUGUUAGGGCAUGAUUGCUUUGUCUUAAUGCCAACAGGCGGAGGAAAGUCUUUAUGCUACCAGCUGCCAGCUUUGUUGAAACAAGGUGUUACUGUUGUGAUAUCUCCAUUAAAAUCCUUGAUAUUGGAUCAAGUCAAUAAGAUGGAUACUCUGGAUAUACCUGCUGAUCAUAUGUCUGGUGAUGUUUCAAUAGAACAUUGUAAUAGAAUUUAUGAUGACAUGAAGUCUUCAGAUCCAAAAAUUAAAUUGCUAUAUAUUACUCCAGAAAAAAUAGUAUCUUCCAAUAAAUUGCAAGAUGCAUUACAAUCUCUGUAUCAGCGUGGAUUGUUGGCAAAAUUUGUUAUUGAUGAAGCUCAUUGCGUGUCACAGUGGGGCCACGAUUUUAGACCUGAUUACAAAAAACUAUCUUUACUGAGGACAAAAUAUCCUAAGGCUCCUACAAUGGCUUUAACUGCCACAGCAACACCAAGGGUACGUCAAGAUGUAGUAAAUCAAUUAAAAUUAAGGGAUUGUCGAUGGUUUUUAUGCUCAUUUAAUCGUCCUAACUUGAAAUAUAUAGUUACUCCAAAGAAAAGUGGACCAACGAUGAUAAAAGACAUUGAAACUUUGAUCAAAUCCAAAUACAGGAAUGCAUCUGGAAUUGUAUAUUGUUUAUCAAGAAACGAUUGUGAUGAUAUGGCUAAAAAAUUAUCAGCAACAGGUAUUAAAGCAGCAAGUUAUCAUGCUGGCAUGACUGACAAAUUAAGAGAAUCUGUACAAAAAUCAUGGCUCACUAACAAAUUUAAUGUUAUUUGUGCUACCAUUGCUUUUGGAAUGGGCAUAGAUAAACCAGAUGUACGAUUUGUUAUUCACGCAUCAUUACCUAAAUCUAUUGAAGGUUAUUACCAGGAGUCUGGACGAGCUGGAAGAGAUGGAGAGGUUGCUACUUGCAUUUUGUAUUAUAAUUACUCUGAUAUGCAAAGAUAUCGAAAAAUGAUGGAUAAAGACUCCAGUCAAACCUUUGAAACUAAACAAAUUCACUUAAACAAUCUUAAGCGCAUGGUGGGCUACUGUGAAAACAUGACAGAUUGUAGAAGAGCUCAACAACUUGAAUAUUUUGCAGAAAUCUUUGAUGCAAAAGAAUGUGCAGCUUCCACUUUAACUGUUUGUGAUAAUUGUGAAUCUCGAGGGCAAUAUAAGGUAAUCAAUGUAACCGAAGACUGCAUAGAAGUAGUAAAAGCAGUAAGAAACCUAUGUUCAGGAAAAUCCAGAUUUACCCUUCUGCAUAUGAGUGAAAUUUUUAAGGGUUCUAGCAAUAAAAAAAUACUUGACUUCAAACAUGAUAAGUGCGCUUUAUAUGGUCGUGGAAGCAGUUGGGCACGGGCAGAUAUAUUGAGAUUAUUCCAUAAAAUGGUCAUUGAAGAAUAUCUCUCUGAAGAAAUCAUAUUUUAUAAUGACAUUCCCAAUGUUUAUAUAAAAUUAGGACCGAAGGCAGAUCAAUUAAGAACUGGGAUAGAAAUUCAGUUAUCCAUAAAGUGUCAACAGAAAAAGUCUGCCAGCGUUGCUAAAGUUUCUACAAGCCAAGCCACCACUGAAAGCGAAAUCAAGUUGAAAAAUUUAUCUGAUAGAUGUUAUUCUGAUCUAUUAGAUGUAUGCAGAACAAUUGCCUCUGAGAAAAACAUUACAAUGGCAUCAGUUAUUAAUAUGCAAGCUCUUAAAAUUAUGUCAGAGCGCUUACCAGAAACUGAAGCAGAUAUGAUGAACAUACCACAUGUAACUCGUGCCAAUUUUGAUAAAUUUGGCCAAAGAUUUCUGGAGGUUACACUCAAAUACACUGCAGAAAAAUUGUGCAUGAUUCUGGAUAUGGAAGAUGCACAGGAAAAUGCACAAGGAGAAGACAUAUUGGAAGAAAAUUCAGAUGAUAGUGAUCACUGGGCAUCAUCAUCAAAUAGUACAUCAAAACCAUUUACUAAUAAUUGGAGAGGCAAACGAAAGUCCAGUGGAAGUUUCUCAACAAAUAAACGUUUCAAAAGAGGUUCUAAGCGGAGUCAACCAUCUAGAGGUAGAGGAAAAGGAAGAGGAAGAGGAAGAGGAUCAGCAUCUCAAAGCAGUUCAAGCCCAAAAGGAAAGUCAGCGAGUAAUAAACCUCCGGGUUUUUUAUUUUUAUCAGCACCUAGUUCUUUUAAACUGUGA